CGAAACCUAUCCGUUUGCAGGGCGGGACAUGACUUGGUCUGUCAGCUUUGACACGAACUUAGUCGAACGUUGUAUACAUCGAAAGAAGGGUGAACAUAUAUCAUGUCUAGCGCUGUGAAGACUGAAGCUGUGCCAGAGACCGUUGAGAAGGACAGUCAACCCAUAACAGGCAGCACAGGUCCCACUACGAGCAUCACAGAGCCAGAUGGAUUUUUCGGGGUGCCCCAUGGUGGUUCCUUCUCCCUGGACCCGGCCGAGGAGUACAGCAUGGAGCACAAGCAGCGCGGCACGGCUCUCAUCUUCAACCAGGAGCGCUUCUUCUGGAGGCUGGGCAUGAACGAACGCCACGGCACCAACGCCGACCGCUACAACCUGGAGAAGAGAUUCAAGGAUCUGGGCUUUGAUGUGCAGGCUUACGACAACCUCAAACUGGACGAGGUCCUCAACACAAUCAGUGAAGCGUCGGAGGCCAGCCACGUGGACGCUGACUGCUUCGUGUGUGUGUUCCUGAGCCACGGGGAGAACGACCAUGUGUACGCCUACGACGGCAAGAUCUACAUCCAGGAUGUGAUCUCGCUGUUCAAGGGGAACAAGUGCAAGAGCCUCGUAGGCAAACCCAAGAUCUUCAUCCUGCAGGCGUGCCGCGGCGACAAGCACGACGACCCGGUGACGCCCAUGGACGUGGUGGACAGCGAGGUGAAGACCAACGAGGUGGUGGUGGAUGCGGGCGUGGUCCACACCCUGCCCGCCGGAGCGGACUUCAUCAUGUGCUACUCUGUAGCGGAAGGCUACUACUCCCACAGAGAGACCAUCAACGGCUCCUGGUACAUCCAGGACCUGUGUGAGGUGCUGCGGAGGUUCGGGGACUCGCUGGAGUUCACGGAGCUGCUGACGCUGGUCAACAGGAAGGUGUCACAGCGCAGCGUGGGCAACAGCAACGACCGCAACGCCAUCGGGAAGAAGCAGGUGCCCUGUUUCGCCUCCAUGCUCACCAAGAAGCUCUACCUCCGAGCCAAGAAACAGUAGCUGCCGCCCCCGGUGCUCCCUCCAUCCCUCCCUUUAUCCCUCCAUCCCUCCCUUUAUCCCUCCAUCCCUCCCUUUAUCCCUCCAUCCCUCCCUUUAUCCCUCCAUCCCUCCUUCCUCCCUUCCUUCUCCUACAGCUGUCUUCACCCAUGCUCUAGUUUGUGAGGGACUAAUCAUUUUUAGGGACCUUCUGUGGGUUGAACAGAUUUCCAUGACCAAAUAGUGUAGGGUUUUAAUGUUUUUUUUUUUUUUAAGCUUGUUUCUAAAUUUGUUUCUGUUGAAUACUUAACAAUCACAAACGAUCACCUAUCAAUAGUUUCUGCUUGGGGAGACUAUAGUGAUGUCAUCACAUUAGCCCGGGGCUAAGUGCGGUGAAAAGCCUUAAGCAUAAAAUGAUUACGAUUAUUGUUAAAUAGUCCUGUCACAUACCGCAUGCAGAGUUGCAUGUGUUUUUACCCAUUAAGACUACUUCCUCGUUCAACCAGUUUUUCCUCUAGAUUUCCUCAGAACAGCCAUCGAAAUGUGUCGCUUUCACCUGCUAGAGUAAAGACAAUCUCACUGCAACAGCUGUUUCAGAUUAAUGGUAUCCCUGGUGACAGUUGAUCUGACCUGACCUGAAAGAGCAGGCUUCUUUACAAACAUUAGCUAAUGACAGAAGAAAUGUCAUCUCUCACCUCACCCCCCUCCACACACACACACACACAUUCCCUGGACCCUCUUGGAUGUCAGAAAAAGGAAUUCAUGUCGCUGUGUUUGUAUUUCGAUGUGAUGCAGCUAACCGUCUACUGUUCCAAUAUUAGCUGUGUGCACCUGUUUCGUACCCCAGCCUAGCACUGCAGAACAACUCUGGUACGAAUAGUAGGAGGCUGCCUGAGGGACCCGUCACAUGGUCCAACACAAGACUCAGGAAGCCCAAAAACACCCAGUCCCAGUCCCCAGAGCAGAACCCCUAGUGCCAUCGUUUAAAUAAAUCACAAAGCGUCUUAAUUGUGUUUCGACGACCCAUUCUUCCUUAUGGUUUGUAGGGUGAGAACUCUUGUUGCCAGCGAGUUCUGUAUUAAAUACUGUGAAACCUGUGAAGCCCUCUGUGACAUGCUUGCGUGUAAAAAGGGCUAUACAAAUAAAUUUGAUUUGUUUAGUUACAAGCUGUAACGAGGGACAGACAUACAGGUGCGUUUGUUUAACAUGAACUAACAAACUCAGGUUACUUUACCAUUAUAACGUGACAGACAACGACCAAAUCAGGUCACCUAUUUUUAUUCAAAUGUUUAAAUCAUGGGACACAACACAAAAAAUGUCAGCACGCAAGCAACAGUUAAGUAUCUUAUUAAGUGCUGGACACUUUGUAUUUUAUUCUGUUUUUGUGAGGGGACUGAAAGAGGGAGAUUUGUUGACCAGUGCUGAGUCACAAAUGAUCAGAGUGUAACGCUGGUGUUUCUUUAGGGGUGAUCAGUUUUUACACUUUUAUAGACCUGAGAGAGGAAGUGGUUUGUACUUGCAGCAGUUCUUUCCUGGUCCUUUUCCAGUCGUGUUUGUAUUGUGGAACGGAUGAGGUGGUUGGGGUUCUCCAUCAUUUAAAGGAACUUCUGGAUUGAAGUGCAAUAAAAAAUAAAAAGUAUUUAUGGAAUUCUGAUUUUUUUUUAAAACAUUGAUCCAGAACAAUCCACACAAAGACAGCACACAGGAAAUGCAGUCACAUUUUUAUUUCAAUACUUUAGUUUCCUUCCAUUGUAAACAAAACAUAAAAUGAUUUGCAGGACCAGUGAUAAAAGGCACCAUUAUCAAAAUAAAGAGAAAUAAAUGAG